CAUACAUGUGCACGCACACCAACAGCACACAACAUCCGAACCUAUUUCUUCUCUCGGCCUCUGUUUUUAUCAUUUCUAUUUCUGAGCCGAGUGAGUGAAAAACCCGUCGGGAGCCCUGGAGUGAGAAUAUAUCUAAUUGGGACGAUGUGUUAUCGCUUCGCGAAAUAUUUCCUGGUGAUCUUGAACUUCCUGUUUUGGUUGUUAGGAUUAGCCAUCGUCGCUUUGGCAUUAUGGAUGCUCCUCGAUCCGACCUUCUACAUAUCGAUGGCCCAAGACCCCAACAAUUACUACAUAGGAACCUACAUUCUGCUGACGGUCGGAGCUCUUCUGGUUAUUGUCUCAUUUCUUGGAUGCUGCGGGUCCUGUAAAGAGUCGCAAUGCAUGCUGGUCUCGUUCUUCAGUAUAUUAUUGGUCGUUUUGGUAGCUCAAAUAGCUACACUGGUAUGGGGAUAUAUAAAUGCCGAAAGUUUAGAGCCUCUGGUACAAAGUACGAUGAAGCACACUGUUCAGAGUGAGUACGCUGACGUGGACAGCCGCAGGAUGGCUUUCGACACAAUCCAAAAAGGGCUUCAAUGCUGCGGAGCUGAGAGACCCAGUGAUUGGAUUGGCAGCAAACCGGUUGUUGUCGGCAUAUCCGCAGAUCCUCUCUUCUAUUCGAUCCCCGAGAGCUGUUGUCGCGAAGGCAUAGAUGUCCAAGUUUGCAGGGACGCCACGAAAGUCUUGAAGGCCGGCGGCGAGAUCAACACCAGAGUCAUCUACGGCGAGGGAUGCAUCGAUAAAGUGGUGCAAGUGAUCAAGACCAAUGCCAUCACAUUCAUCAUCGUCGGCGUGACCGUCAUCGCAGUUGAGGUUGUGGGCCUACUCUUCUCCCUAAUCCUCCUGGUCUCCAUCAGCAGAUCGGUCAGGUACAAAGGGUAAACGACACGCGAACGAACUCAAGCUUUAAUCGAUUCGAAUCUUCCAAAGCUCGCCAUAAUUGUUAUACAACUUUGUUUUAUUAAAAAAAAAUAAUAAUUUUAUUCGCUUUUAAACCUCUCCAGGUUUGAAACGUACGAAGCGUUCUAAUAAUUUUCGAGUGUUUCAAACUUGGGGCGAUAGAAUUACAUGUAAAUGAUGUUUCAGAAGAGCGUAUAAAUGCUGGAGUAAUGAGGGUAGACUAGUCUUAAUAAGGAAAACACACAUGAAUAUUAUUAUAUGAUAUAACAGAUCUAA